GCCCGGAAAGAGCGGGGGAAGCCCGGAAAGAGCGAGAGCGCCGGCUCUGUCGCUGCUAGUCGUCGUCUUCCUCGUCGACUCGUCGCGGUGCGGUGGUGGUGGUGCUUGCGGCAGCUCAGGUCCAGGCCAUACGUUGGUGGGGGGCGACCAAGGCGGGGGCGAGACGAGAGAUGGAUCGAUCUCUCCCCGUAGCGGCGGUCGUCGCGGUGGUGCUCAUGUGUUGCUCCGGCAUCUGCCUCGGCGAGCGGCUAGGAGCCAGGGAGUGCGAGGACCUGGGCUUCACCGGCCUGGCCCUCUGCUCCGACUGCAACGCCCUCUCCGAGUUCGUCAAGGACCAAGAGCUGGUGGACGAUUGUCGGAAAUGUUGCACUGAGGAUUCAGAUGAUUCAAUCAGCAAGCUCACAUUCUCUGGUGCAAUUAUUGAGGUGUGCAUGAGAAAGCUGGUGUUUUAUCCAGAAGUUGUUGGCUUCCUCGAAGAGGAUAAAGAUGACUUCCCUUAUGUGGAAGCCCGUUAUUCCUAUGGUUCUCCACCAAAGCUCAUAAUGCUUGACAACAAGGGAGAACAUAAGGAGACCAUAAGGAUCGACAACUGGAAGCGGGAGCACAUUCGGCAGUUUCUCAAGGAGAAAGUGAAGCCGGUGAAAUCAGACAGCUGAAUUCCUGCCAUAACAUGUUGACGUUUCAGUAAACCCUAUGGAAUUUGGUACUUUGCUAGCAAAAUCGCAGCUGAUAUAUGUACCAAAUUCUGUGUGACAUCUGUACACCUCAAAAUGUUUGUACAAUAAGCCUCUGUAGUGUUACUUCUGGCAUACUUGUAUCCUGUUCCUAUUAUAGUCAGGUAGCUGGGCAACUGGCACCGUGAUUCAUGAAAAUUAGUUGAUGUAGUACUAGUUGUUUUCCCGGAGCUUUAUAACUCAAUGAAGAGGGUAAAAGAAUCCAAAAAUUCUUUGGGCAUAUGCA